AUGGAGGACCCUUUGGUCCCGGCCACGAAUGGUGCGGCCAUUGGACGAUCUGUAUCACCAGCUCCGCCGCCCACUUCAACGAUAGAUCCACAGUUGAUCAUCUCGUACCUGGAGUCCGUCCUCCAAGUCACCCUAGGCGCAUCGAGAGAGGAGCUACAAGCCAACAACAGUUUUUUGAGUCCGGACAACUUGCCAGAAACACUUGCGCGAUGCCAAAGGUUCGCUUCCGAAGCUCAGGUUGCCAUAUACGUGCAGCAAGAGGCCCUGGAUACUGCAGAUGGCGUCCAGGGCGAUGGCGACGCUCUUGUGUCAACGCAAUCCACUUAUCUCCUUGAUUCAAAGCUUACCUACACGCCAUCAACCGCUUCGUGCGUUGCCAUACUCAAGCGACCGGUGCCCAUCCUACCAACCGUCCCCAUCAGCAGCCAACUGUCUGUGAUUAACCUGCCUGGCGCAGGUGCCUCCUUGUCCACCAACCCUAAUGCUGGCUCUUCCACAUCGCCAUUUGAAGCUCUCCACUCCCUUGUACAUUUUGCCUUAGCUCCCUACUUCGACGCCUGCACAAAAAGCCAAGAAUCAAAUCAUGCGUAUACCAAACACACGGAUGCCGAGUCUCGUACUGGUAUCCCUGGAGCAAAGAGGAGGAUUGCCGAGCUUGAACUCAGUCUGCGGAAUCUACAACAGAACAUCGAUGUGCCCGAUCUGCAUCUACCUAUACACCCCGUAAUUCAAGCUGCCGUCGACGAAGCUGCUGCUCGUGGCGAGAAGCCCACCUCAGCACACCUGCCACAGUCUUUGCUCACUGAUGCUCACUUUUUGAACAACCUACAAGCAGCCGUCAAUGGCUGGAUCAAGGCUAUCCAGGAAAGUACUCAGCGCUCCCGCGACCCUAGCACUGGUACGGCCAUGCAGGAAAAGAAUUUCUGGUUAUCCAUGGAAUCUGCUCUGGACAGCAUCGAACGUCAGCAGAAUAGUGAUCCGGUACGCCUGUCUCUUGACGUGCUCAGCCAGGCCAAACGUCAUGCGACUGCUGUCAGUUUCCAUGCGGAUACUGGUUUCAAGGAGGCUGCCGACAAGGUGAUCAAAUACAACCAACUAAUGCGAGAGCUUCCAUUAGAAGAACUGCUUGCCGCUGCUACUCUGGUCAAGAUCCAGGAAGCACUUGACCAGGUCUUUCAGCAUAUCAACAAGAAGCUGCGAGUGUGUGCAUACCCCAUUCGUCGUGCUUUACCCUUGGUCGAAGCCAUUUCUGGUGACCUGGACACCAGACUUCAUGAACUGCUCCAUGGACGUAGUCUUAUGCAUCUCGACUUCCAGGAGUUCCAAGAACUGAUGGCGGCGACAGAUAAGAUUUGGGACAUCUGGGAGGAGAACUUCAAGGAGUUCGCCAAUGCUGCAAGAGAAGUCAUCCGACGCAGGGGCGAAAAAUUCAUCCCCAUCAAGAUCGAUCCACGACACAAGCAGACCAAGGAUCGCUUGAAAUACAUCAACACUUUCCGUGUCAACCACGAGCAGCUCCGUGACACUAUCGCGAACGUUCUAGGCGAGGAACAGGACAGCGUCCACAACGAUGGUGUUUCUGGCCCAGUCAUCAUCGAGGAGAUGGGUGACGUCGAUGCAAUUGAUGAAAUCUCACAAGCGUAUUCCGUCCUGAAGGAUGUGGAUGUUCUUGACGUUUCUGAGGAGGGUACUCGCAUUUGGGUGCGUGCAGAAGCCACAUACAAUGAACGCACAGCACGCGUUGAGAAUUCGAUCAUUGCUCGUUUGAGAGACCGUCUAGCACUUGCCAAGAACUCAAACGAGAUGUUCCGUGUCUUCUCAAAGUUCAAUGCUCUCUUUGUCCGACCAAAAAUUCGAUCUGCCAUUUCUGAGUACCAAACGCAGCUGAUCGGAAAUGUGAAAAACGACAUUGCCGCGCUACAGGAGCGUUUCAUGCAUCCGUAUGGUCACACUGAGACACAUGCUAUGGCUCAGCUGCGUGACCUGCCACCUGUCUCUGGUGCCAUCAUCCGCACUCGUCAGAUAGAGAGACAGCUAAAUGCAUAUAUGAGCAAAGUUGAGGACGUUCUGGGCAAGGACUGGGCUCUUCACGUUGAAGGUCAGAAGCUUCAAACUGAGAGCAACAUGUUCAGGAAGAAGCUCGACGUCAAGCCUGUGUUCGAUGAGUGGUUGAGAGAUGUCAACCGCCGCCAACUCUCAGUUUCUGGCCGCCUGUUCGCUAUCAGUCGCAAUCGAGCCAGCGGCAACAUCCUCGAACUGAGUGUAAGCUUUGAUGCCCAGGUCAUCACCCUUUUCAAGGAAGUCCGCAAUCUGCAGUGGCAGAAGUUCACAAUUCCUCACGCCAUCAACAACACUUCGAAGGAAGCAAGACGUGUCUAUCCUUAUGCCGUCAGCCUGAUGGAGAGUGUCAAUACUUACGCUCAGACCAUUAACGUGAUUGACAGCAUGCCUGAAGUUUCGAUGCUUGUCAAUGGCAUUCGAAGUGAAGUGCAAGGCCUCAUCGCGAAAGGCACUCCUCUGAAGUGGGACAGUUUGUCGGGUGCUUACGAAGUCAACGUUCGUCAAAUACCUACUGGCUCCUCGGAUCAAACGGAAAGUAAGCACGUCAAGUUCAUCAGAGAUUUUGCCAAGGCAAUUCGUGAUUUACAAGAGAAGACAUCUCUGGUAUCUUCAAUCAACAUCGCUGUACAAGCUGCGCUCACUGAGCUCGAAACAUGUCCAUACACCCAAGAAGCAUUCAAACAACAGAUUGAUAUCAUCCAGAAGUCCGUCGAUCAACUGAACUUAAAGAACUUCUCAAAUCUCGCCCUUUGGGUCGCUGAGACCAACCAGAAGAUCCAAGUUGUGUUGUUAUCUCGUUUGCAACACGCUUUGAGGCAAUGGAUUGCCAUUUUUGCCGCACUGAAGGACGAUGAUGAAGAUACUGAGGACGUCGAGCAAGAACGUGAUGUACCUCACUUCGAGCCCUGCAUGCACGAGAUGGCCAUGCGCAAUCAAUCAAUUUAUCUCGAUCCACCGCUCGAGAGUGCAAGAGCUACCUGGCUUCAGCACCUUCAUGACUGGCUCAGUAUCGUCUGCGGUUUGCCGAAGAUUAAAGCCGAAAGAUUUGAGAUUCUUGGCUUCAAUCAAAACCCUGUCGCUGCCACUUUCUCUGACCUGCCAUUGCUAUGUGUUGAACCUCUUUCGAACGCAUAUAAUGCAGUGGAAGACAAAAUCUCCGUGAUCGGCGGUUAUGUAGACCAAUGGCUUCAAUUCCAGUCUUUAUGGGAUCUACAGUCUGAGCAGGUGUACGAGUAUCUAGGAGAAGACCUUGCAAUGUGGUUGCAGCUUUUGCUCGAAAUUCGUAAGAAGCGCGAGACCUUCGACACAACUGAGACCGUUCGCUCCUUCGACCAUCUCACGAUUGAAUACGAACAGGUACAACUCAAAGUCAACGCCAAGUAUGAUCAGUGGCAACAUGAGUUACGUACACAGUUCGCCCAAAGACUUGGCAACCGCAUGUCUGAGGUGUUUGCUGCACUUCAGAAGGCCAGACAGGAGUUGGAAGGACAGUCGUUGGAAGCCAGCUCUACCGCCCAGGCUGUAACGUUCAUCACCACCGUUCAACAAUGCAAGCGUAAGGUUAAGGCAUGGGAGCCUGAGAUCAGCACUUUCCGCGACGGCCAAAAGACACUAAUCAGACAACGAUACCAAUUCCCUAAUGAUUGGUUGUAUGUCGAGCAGAUCGAUGGUGAAUGGACAGCCCUCAAUCAAGUUCUCGACCGCAAGAGCAAAGUCAUUGAGGAUCAAACCGAUGCUCUCAAAGCCAAGAUUGUCGCAGAAGACAGAGUUGUGGCUGGGCGUAUCACUGAGAUGACUGCCUCCUGGAACGACAGCAAGCCCGUGUCUGGUACCAUACCACCCGAGGAAGCAGUAUCAACGCUUGCAGAAUUUGAGACUGGUUUCGCACAGUUGAAUGAGCAAUCAGAGAUGGUCGCCAGAGCCAAGGAAGCGCUCAACCUACCGCCUAGUGCCGAUUACGGUCUCGUAUCACUCCUGGAGGAAGUUCAAGACUUCAAGUCUGUAUGGGCAAACCUGAAGAUGGUUUGGGAUGGAUUGAAUGAGCUCCGCGAGCAACUGUGGUCUAGCAUUCAGCCCAGAAAGCUUCGUCAAUCUCUCGAGAAGCUCAUACAGAUGACCAAGGAGAUGCCUAGCAGAAUGCGCCAAUAUGCAGCAUUCGAGCAUGUGCUCGGUGUCCUUCGUGGGCUUCUCAAGGUUAACCCCAUCCUUUCAGAUCUGAGAUCAGAUGCCGUCAAGGAAAGACAUUGGAUCAAGAUAUUCAAAGCUCUCAAGCCAUCUCAGCGUUACUCGUCUAUUUCGAUGACACUGGGCGAUAUAUGGGACUUGCAACUUGGGCCUAGUGAGGUUAUCAUCAGAGAUGUCAUCACCCAAGCUCAGGGAGAGAUGGCGCUCGAAGAAUUCUUGCGUCAAGUCAAGGAUACAUGGCAAAGCUACACACUCGAGUUGGUAAACUACCAAAACCGUUGCAGGCUCAUCCGUGGCUGGGAUGAUCUCUUUGCCAAGUGCAGUGAACAUCUUAACUCUCUACAGGCCAUGCGCCACUCGCCGUAUUACAAGGUCUUCGAGGAAGACGCAUCUACCUGGGAGGAGCGUCUCAACCGCGUUCAUCUUCUGUUCGAUGUGUGGAUUGAUGUGCAGCGUCAGUGGGUGUACCUUGAAGGAGUCUUCACUGGCAACGUUGACAUCAAGACUCUUCUUCCGAUGGAGUCUAAUCGCUUCAACAAUAUCAACACCGAAUUCCUGGCUGUCUUGAAGAAGGUCUACAAGUCACCUUUGGUGCUUGACGUACUCAAUAUUCCUGGUGUACAAAAGUCUCUUGAACGUCUCGCCGAUCAGCUGAACAGGAUCCAGAAGGCUCUCGGAGAAUACCUUGAACGCGAGAGAGUUUCAUUCCCUCGCUUCUACUUCGUUGGUGAUGAGGACUUACUCGAGAUUAUUGGCAACAGCAAUGACACUUUGCGCAUUGCUAAGCAUCUCAAGAAAAUGUUUGCUGGUAUCUCUGGGGUCGUUACCGACGAAGAGGCCAACAUUACUGGUAUCACAUCACGAGAAGGAGAACAGGUCAUGCUCAAGAAGAUUGUCUCCCUCUCCAAGACACCCAGGGUCAAUGAAUGGCUAGGUGCACUUGAGACAAACAUGAAGGAAACUCUUGCAGAGUCUUUCACCGACGCAUUUGCUGCCUUUGACGGGCUUGCUGGCCAAGCCAACAUCGAUGGCUCUGCUUUGGAAGCUUUCAUUAAUGAGUACCCUGGUCAGAUUGUUGUACUUGCUACUCAGGCGUGCUGGACAAAGUGGGUUAGCACCGCGCUCAGCGAAGGCGGUGCUUCAUUGCCACAGCUGUUUGAUCGGUUGGUGGAGGUCUUGCGCCUGCUCGCUGCUUCAGUCCUGGGCGACUUGGAUGCUCUCUACAGGAAGAAGUGUGAGCAUCUGAUCACAGAAUUCGUGCACCAGAGAGACACGGUGGAAAAGCUUAUCAAAGCUGGUGCUGACUCUCCUACUCACCACCUUUGGCUGCUCUCGAUGCGCUACGAAUACCAGCCUGAAGCUGAACUGCUCGACCGCGUCCAGAUCAAAAUGGCGAAUGCCGUUCUCGCGUAUGGCUUUGAAUACCUUGGUGUACCUGACCGCCUUGUUCGUACGCCAUUAACAGAUCGCUGUUUCCUCACCCUCACACAGGCCCUUUGCCAAAGACUUGGUGGUUCGCCAUACGGACCCGCAGGUACUGGUAAGACCGAAUCAGUCAAGGCUCUAGGUGUUCAGCUCGGUCGCUUCACUCUGGUCUUCAAUUGUGAUGACACUUUUGACUACCAAGCCAUGGGCAGAAUCUUCCUCGGUAUAUCGCAAGUCGGUGCCUGGGGAUGUUUCGAUGAAUUCAACAGACUGGAAGAGCGUAUCUUGUCUGCUGUCUCGCAACAAAUUCAAAACAUUCAGCUUGGUCUGCGCAAGAGCACUGGUGAACAAAAGGCACAGAUUGAGCUUAUCGGACGCCAACUUAUCGUACAUCAAAACACUGGUCUGUUCAUCACCAUGAACCCUGGCUACGCAGGUCGUUCGAAUCUGCCCGACAACUUGAAGAAGUUGUUCCGCAGUGUUGCCAUGUCCAAGCCAGACAAGGAGUUGAUCGCCGAAGUCAUGCUUUACUCUCAAGGUUUCUCACAGGCCAAGCCUCUCUCAAGACAAGUCGUUCCCUUCUUCGACCGCUGCGGUGCUGGUCUCUCGAAACAACCUCACUACGAUUUCGGCCUUCGUGCCUUGAAAAGUGUCCUCGUCAGCUCUGGCGGCCUCAAGAGAUCACGUCUUGUGGACAAUGCUGGAGAGACACUCUCUGAGGAGAUCGUGGAGCCUCAAAUCAUUGUACAGAGUCUCCGCGAAACCAUCGCACCUAAGCUUGUGCGACCCGAUGUCGAUAUAAUGCGCCAAGUUGAGGAUGAAGUCUUCCCUGGCGUACAAUAUGUGCCAGCUGAACUGGCCGACCUUAAGCAGGCAAUCAGAGACAUCGCUGCUGAGAACAAGUUGAUUGCAACUGAUUCAUGGAUGACCAAGGUUCUCCAGCUUUACCAGAUCCAAAACAUUCAUCACGGUGUCAUGACUGUCGGAAGCUCAGGCACUGGUAAAUCUACCGCCUGGAAGACUUUGCUUGCUGCCUUGCAACGUGUCGACGGUACCGAAGGUAUUUGUCACAUCAUCGACCCCAAGGUCAUGUCAAAGGAAAGCCUUUAUGGCAGUCUUGAUGCAACUACACGCGAGUGGACCGACGGUCUUUUCACUAGCAUCCUCAGAAAGAUUGUUGACAAUUUGAGAGGCGAAGACAGCAAGCGUCACUGGAUCAUCUUCGAUGGCGAUGUCGAUCCUGAGUGGGUAGAGAACUUGAACAGUGUUCUCGAUGACAACAAGCUGCUCACAUUGCCCAAUGGCGAGCGUCUAAAUCUUCCUCCAAACGUUCGCAUCAUGUUCGAAGUUGAGACACUCAAAUAUGCCACUCUUGCUACUGUCAGUCGUUGUGGUAUGGUCUGGUUCAGUGACGACACUGUAACCACUGAGCUCAUGAUCUCAAACCACCUUGCUGAGCUCCGCAGUGCCAGCUUCGAUGAUCUUGACGAGGACUCUAUCCUCACUUCUCAGGCUGCUGCCGCAGUGGAAGCUGUGCAAAACCAAGUCGCUGAUUUGCUUCAAGAACGUCUUGCAUCAAAUAACUUCUGUGCCCAAGCCCUCAGCGAAGCCAAGGGCUACAACCACAUCAUGGAAUUCACAGAGAUCAGAGCUCUCACCACGUUAUUCUCUCUUCUACGCAAGGCCUGCAGGUCAAUCAUUGAGUAUAACGUACAACACCCCGACUUCCCCCUGGAGCUCGAACAAAUCGAGUCUUUCAUGUCGAAAAAGCUUGUCCUUGGCCUUAUUUGGUCUUUCGUGGGAGACUGCCCUCUGACCGACCGCAAGACUUUCGGCGAUUUUGUUGCCAGUCUUGCCUCCAUUGAUCUACCACCCUUGGUAGACCAAGGAUCAAUGAUCGACUAUGAUGUCGUUCUUCCCGAAUCGCAGUGGGUUCCAUGGUCGAACCAGGUUCCUUCCAUUGAGGUCAACACUCAUUCCAUCACCCAGACUGACGUUGUCAUUCCAACUGUUGAUACUGUGCGCCACGAAGAUGUGCUCUACUCAUGGCUUGCCGAGCACAAGCCUCUCCUACUCUGCGGUCCUCCCGGAUCCGGUAAGACUAUGACUCUUUUCAGCGCUUUGAGGAAGUUGCCUACUCUUGAAGUCGUUGGCCUCAAUUUCUCCAGCGCCACCAGCCCCGAGCUUCUAGUCAAGACACUCGAACAAUACUGCGAGUACAGAAAGACACUGAACGGCACAACUCUUGCACCUACACAGAUCGGUCGUUGGCUUGUAUUAUUCUGCGAUGAGAUCAACUUGCCCGCUCCCGACAGAUAUGGCACCCAAAGAGUUAUUUCGUUCCUCCGCCAGAUGGUUGAACACGGUGGCUUCUGGCGUACUGCCACAAAGACUUGGGUCAGCCUCGAGCGUAUUCAAUUCGUCGGUGCUUGCAAUCCUCCCACUGAUGCUGGCCGUACGCCUCUUGGUCUGAGAUUCUUGAGACACGCUCCACUCAUCAUGGUCGACUACCCUGGUGAACUGUCUCUCACUCAGAUCUACGGUACAUUCAAUAGCGCUGUGCUCAAGAUAAUCCCUUCGCUCCGUGGGUACUCAGAUGCCCUGACAAAGGCCAUGAUUCAGCUGUACUCUGAAUCGCAAAAGCGUUUCACUGCAGACAUUCAACCUCACUAUGUCUACUCACCUCGUGAGUUGACUCGCUGGGUACGUGCUGUGUACGAGGCGAUCAAGCCUCUUGAAGCUCUCAGCUUGGAGGGACUAGUCAGAAUCUGGGCUCACGAGGCCUUGCGACUCUUCUCUGAUAGACUGAUCGCCGAAAAUGAAAGACAGUGGACUGAAGAAGCAGUCGACAGGAUUGCACUCGAGCACUUCCCCAAUGUUGAUGAAGUCGCUGCUCUGCAACGCCCCAUACUCUACUCUACCUGGAUGUCCAAACAUUAUGAGCCUGUCGAUCGCGAGCAACUCAGAGACUACUUACGCAUCCGUCUUCGCCAAUUCUGCGAGGAAGAGCUUGAUGUGCCUCUCAUCCUCUUCAACGAUGUUCUUGAUCAUAUCCUUCGCAUCGACAGAGUCUUUAGACAGCCUCAAGGACAUCUCAUCCUCAUUGGUGUCAGUGGAAGUGGCAAGACCACGCUUUCCCGCUUUGUUGCCUGGUCAAGUGGUCUGAAGGUCUUCCAGAUCAAGGUCCAUGGCAAGUACACGGCUGAAGACUUUGAUGACGAUCUGAGAAAUGUUCUCAGAAGGUGUGGUGUUAAGGGCGAGAAGAUUUGCUUCAUCAUGGAUGAAUCCAACGUUCUAGACUCUGGUUUCUUGGAACGUAUGAACACUCUUCUUGCCAAUGGUGAGGUCCCCGGACUCUUUGAGGGCGAUGAAUUUGCUUCUCUUAUGACUGCGUGUAAGGAGGCUGCCCAGAGCAAGGGCCAGCUUUUGGACUCUCAAGAGGAGCUUUACAAAUGGUUUACGCAACAGAUUGUGCAAAACCUUCACGUUGUCUUCACCAUGAAUCCUCCUACUGAAGGUCUAUCUUCGAAGGCAGCCACAAGUCCUGCUUUGUUCAACAGAUGCGUACUCAACUGGUUCGGCGACUGGUCCGAUCAAGCACUCUUCCAAGUCGGCUAUGAGCUUACCCAAUCUGUUGAUCUCGACCGAUCAUCUUACGUCUCACCUGACAGCAUCCCUGUCGCCUACCGCCAGCUGCAACUUCCUGCUUCUCAUCGUGACGCUGUGGUCAACUCCAUGGUUCAUGUACACCACUCGAUGCACAAGUUCAACGCUAGACUUCUGCGUCAACAGAACAAGACGACCUAUCUGACUCCUCGUCACUUCCUCGACUUCUUGUCUCAGUUCGUCAAACUCUACAAUGAGAAGCGUGAUGACUUGGAAGAACAGCAACGUCAUCUCAAUAUCGGUCUGGACAAGUUGCAUGAGACCACCGUACAGGUCUCUGACAUGUCGAAGAGUUUGACUGAGAAGAACGUGGAGCUGCAGACCAAGGAUGCCGAAGCCAACGAGAAGCUGCAACGUAUGAUUGCUGAUCAACGUGAGGCUGAAACUCGCCGUGCUGCAUCACUAGAGGUUCAGAAUGCGCUGGUCGAACAGGAGAGAAUCGUCGCAGAGAGAAGAGAGGUGGUCCUUCACGAUCUUGCCCAGGCCGAGCCUGCCGUUAUUGAAGCACAGAAGAGCGUCAGCAACAUCAAGAAACAACAUCUGACCGAAGUGCGUUCCAUGCAGAACCCACCUUCGGGUGUCAAGCUCGCUCUCGAAUCUGUUUGCACUUUGCUCGGCCACAAGGCACCAGACUGGAAGACUAUUGUGUCGAUUGUUCGUCGUGAUGACUUCAUUGCCAGUAUUGUCAACUACGACAACGAGAAACAGAUGACCAGCAGUCACCGUAUCAAGAUGCAAAGGGAGUUCUUGUCCAAGGACGAUUUCAGCUUCGAGCGUGUCAACCGUGCCAGUAAGGCCUGUGGACCUCUUGUCCAAUGGGUUGAAGCCCAAGUAAACUAUUCAGCCAUCCUUGACCGUGUUGGUCCUCUCAGAGAAGAAGUCACUCAGCUCGAGGAGGAGGCCCUGCAGACCAAGGCCAACGCACAAGCAAUCUUUGCCGAGAUCAAAAAGCUCGACAACAACAUUGCCACUUACAAGACGGAAUAUGCAGCUCUUGUCAGUCAAGUCGAAGCGAUCAAGAGCGAGAUGGCUCGGGUCCAAAGUAAGGUCGAUCGCAGUUCGCGCUUGAUCAGCAAUCUGUCUUCCGAGCGCGAGAGAUGGGAGAACUCCAGCAAGUCUUUCGACGCACAGAUGGAUACAAUUGUCGGUGACGUCUUCCUUGCCGCUGCUUUCCUUGCCUAUGGUGGAUUGUACGAUCAGCAGUACCGUAAGGCUAUGCUUGAGGAUUGGGCUUUCCAACUCGCGGCUUCUAGCAUUCACCACAAGCCUCACAACCCAAUGUCUGAGUAUCUCUCUACCGCAGAUGACAGAUUGCAAUGGCAGCAAAACUCGUUGCCUGUUGAUGACCUCUGCACGGAGAAUGCCAUCAUGCUUCAGCGCUUCAACAGAUAUCCUCUGAUCAUCGAUCCCUCAGGUCGUACUGUUGAGUUCUUGCAGAACGAGUGCAAGGAUCGUAGAUUGACCGUCACAAGUUUCCUUGACAGUUCUUUCACCAAACAAUUGGAGAGUUCGUUGCGUUUCGGCAAUCCUAUUCUUAUCCAGGAUGCUGAACACCUGGAUCCUAUUCUCAACCACGUUCUCAACAAGGAGUACCAAAAGACUGGUGGUCGUGUACUCAUCCAACUUGGAAGACAAGAGAUCGACUUUUCGCCUGCGUUCCGACUGUACCUUACCACUAGAGAUCCUUCGGCAACCUUUGCACCAGACAUCUGCAGUAGAACCACUUUCGUCAACUUCACGGUUACUCAGAGCAGUCUGCGCACCCAAGCCCUCAAUGAUGUACUCAAGUCGGAACGUCCUGAUGUUGAUGAGAGACGCACCAACCUCGUCAAAACCCAAGGUGAAUUCAGACUGCGUCUUCGUCAUCUCGAGAAGCAGCUUCUUCGCGCUCUCAAUGAAUCACAGGGAAAUAUUCUCGACGAUGACAAGGUCAUUCAAACGCUUGAGACACUCAAGAAGGAAGCCAGUGAGAUUGCGGUCAAGGCUGCCGAGACUGACGGUGUCAUGACAGAAGUGGAACGUAUCACUAUGUCUUACGAUGUGAUUGCGCAGUCGUGUUCUGCAAUUUUCGCUGUGCUCGAUCAGUUGCACCACAUCAACCACUUCUACCAAUUCUCGUUGCAAUACUUUGUGGAUAUCUUCCACGCUGUACUCCGCACAUCUAAGAGCAGACCUGCUGGAAGCCACGAGAAUAGGGUUGACGCCAUCAUCAAGGAGAUAUUCAUCAGUACCUACCGAAGCACGGCUCUUACUCUGCUGCAGAAGGAUCGCAUCACCUUUGCCAUGCUUCUCGCACAAGCCUCACCCUUGAAGAUGGACAAGUCUUUGAUUGACAAGGUGUUGGAUGAGGACCUGAAGGGCGUCGACUUAUCGACCAAUCCUGAGCUCAGAGAUGAAGCCAUGGCACGUGCAUCAUCCAUCAGACAGUUCAAGGACAGUCUUAGUCAAGUACCUGAAGACGGGUGGAGCACUUUCUUCUCCGCCGAGUUUCCUGAGAAGAACGUGCCUGUGCUUGGACAGACAGACAACGAGCUCGACCGGAGACUUCUCAAUCUCUUGCUCACCAAGAUCUUGCGUGUCGAUCGUCUUGUUCCUGCUGCUGAAGUAUUCAUUACAUCUCUCUUCGGUGCUGCUAUGCUUGACGUCAGUGAUGAUCUCAGCCGUAUUGUCAAGGAAGUCACAGCUCACACACCCAUCGCGCUUUCCUCAUCACCCGGCUUUGACGCAAGUUACAAGGUCGAUCAGCUUGUGGAGCGCACAGCUUCUCGUUGUGCGAACGUUGCCAUGGGUUCUAACGAGUCACUGGCCAACGCUGAUGCUGCUCUUGCCAACGCCGCAGCAACCGGCUCAUGGGUUAUGGUGAAGAACGUGCAUUUGGCUGCCCAUUGGCUACAAAAUCUGGAGAAGAGGAUCGAUAGUCUCAAACCCCACCCUGACUUCAGACUCUUCCUGUCAAUGGAAAGCUCCCCUAAGAUCCCUGUCAAUCUCUUGAGAGCAUCAAGAGUCCUGAGUUACGAGCAACCCGCGGGUAUCAGAGCCAACAUGCGUGAUUCAAUGGCUUCACUCAAGGAAGCUGGAUCUCAACAGCCUGUCGAGAAGGCCAGAGUGUAUUUCUUGCUCGCCUUCUUGCACGCCGUUGUUCAAGAGCGUCUGAGAUACGCACCUCGUCUUGGUUGGAGUGGCUUCUGGGAGUUCAACGACAGUGACUUUGAGUGCUCGAUCUUUAUCAUCGAUACCUGGAUGACUACAGUCGCAGGCAACCGCUCCAACAUUGCCCCUAACGCAAUUCCUUGGUCUCUUCUGCGCAUCAUGGUCACUGAAACAUACGGCGGCAAGAUUGAUAAUGCCUCUGACUUCUCAGUCUUGUCACAGUUGGUAUCAUCGGUGCUUACUCCUGCUGCCUUUGAAGAGAACUUUGCUCUUCAGCAAGGUCUUACCGUGCCUAACGGUACCACGAAGAGAGACUUUGAGGCAUGGAUCAAGGGUCUGCCUGAGCGUGAGCCGCCUACCUACCUUGGUCUCGAGGCCAACGCCGAGAAGCUGUUGCUUGUCGCACAUGCAGAUGAGAUGUGUGAAGGCUUGCGUCGUGUUAUGGAAGUGUUGGAUGAGGGUGAAGCGAUCAUGGCAGAGGCUGCCGAGGUGGGUGAAGUGGAGUAG